CUUUGCUCAUGUCCCAACUGGAUCAUACUUCAAAUCGUGAUGAAGCUGAGGAUUCUUUUGUCGAUCUCUCUUUAGAUGAAGCGACAGCAGCUGAAAACCUUUCAAGUCGCUUGGAAACUGUUAAUUUAUCAGAUUCCCCACCUGUCUCACCUACCCCUCAUAAUGUCGCCGCCCAGCACAAUACAAUCUCCACCUUGCAUCACUCUAGCAAACCUGUAAAGCACCAAGAUCGUCUUUCACCCUUAACCAUGGGUGCUGAUGAUGUAUUGGAUGACUUGACAUCUACCUUAGAUUCUCCAGUGGAACCACCAUCAGGUGAAGUAACAGUCCAUCGUGCUCAGUUACACCAACCUGAGCCAGAUUCCACUGUGAGAACUAGACAUUAUGGCUCAGCAGAGUCUAGAUACGACCACCUCUUUGAAGAAGUAUCUUUAGAUCUCCCAAGAGAUCCUAAUCCUAUCAUAUCCAGCCCAACUUCCUCAAGAUUUUUUAAACUAAUGUCACGGAAGCCAAGUCCACCCACUGCACCAGAGGAAACCACCUUUGGUGAAACCAAUGUCGACUUGUCCGGACCUUUCUACAGUAUAUCAGAUGUAUUAGAAGACACACAAGCAGUUGUAGGUCCUCGCUCGGGAGGAACGCAAUUGAAAGUCGGAAAAAGUACGCCAACCGGUGGUGCUAGGCGAGGCAUUCAAGAACAUGACAUCGUUGCAAAAUCAGGUGGCUCAUCCUCCAAAGCGCUGAAAAGAAGAUCGAGCUUGAAUCCUUUUAGUAGAACACCAAAACAGCAUCCGUCAGCCCUGGAAACAGUCAUCUCCAAAACUAGACCUGUAACACUGCCUCCAAAGAACCCAGUGGAAGAGAAACGACACCUUCAACAGCACGAAAUUAUGAUGAAGCGUGCAAAAGCCGUUGAGGCGAAGAAGGAGAAACAGUUUUACAAGAGGAAAGAGGAACGCGACAAGCAGAUGAUGAUGAAUGUUAAAAUCUGGGAGGAAGAAAUACUACCAUAUUGGCACACAAAGCGACAAGAGAAGCAAACUCGUGAUCUAUGGAUGAGGGGCUUGCCACCACGUUGCCGAGGCAAAAUAUGGACGUUGGCUAUCGGCAACUCUCUAAAUAUACCAAAAGAAACAUUUUACAUGUAUGUCAAACAGCAACCGAAAUUACCCUCAGGCGCUACAUCGCACGGAACAGCAGAUGUGUAUAACUCGCCUGAUUACAAAAGGUUAAGCAACUCAACAUCUGCUGUUCCAACGCCAAACAAGUUCAGCAAGUCUGACAGCUACCCUCAAUAUUCCAAAUCCGGCGGUGAUCUCCCCAACAUUAAUCCUCAAACUGAGCCAUUUGAUCCAUCGAAGCGGUCGGAUAUUUCCAUUCAUCGUAAAGGCAGAACAAGUAGUCUGGAGGUUUUAAAAUCUGAUGAUAAUCACAGCGAAAGCUCUAGACGAGCUAGUGUGUCUAGCUCAGCUAGUGAUGUGGAAAGUCAUAAUGGCAAGAUCAAGUCGUUUGUCAUGGAACGCCAAUUUGUCGAUGAUUCCAAACAUCCAGGAGGACACUAUGAUAUAAUGGAACGAGAGCCUUCAUUACCAACUGAAAACGGACAUGCUAUUGGCAUUCAUUAUGCUGACCACAUGCGGCCUAUUCAUACCAUGAAUACCACCGAAACCCCUUCGAAUGCAUUAUCGGAUGUCAAUCUUGAUGACGAUGACGAUGAAGACGACGACGACGAUAAUUCAGAAGACUUGGAUAACCAGGGAGAGGAUAAUGCUCUUACUGAGCGAGAGGAUACUCAAGAUCGUUGGAGUCAUAACCGGAUGGACAUAGAGACAGAGGCUUAUAAUUACAAAGUGAUCACCGAGGAUAUACUGAGAACUCUGCCUAGUCUCUGUGUUUUUCAAGUAAAUGGUCCAAUGUAUGGCCCAUUACGUGAAGUCCUGAGAGCAUACAUCACCUAUCGAACUGAUGUAGGAUAUGUACGAGGCACAUCCUUUUUGGCUGGUAUGUUUCUACUCAACUUGGAACCAGACAGAGCAUUCAUAGCACUCUGCAACCUUAUACAAAAAAGUCGAGUGCUAUCAGCCAUGUUUUCAAACAGCGAAGAAGGUGUACGAGGCUAUGCCAAGGUCUUCAACGUGUUAUUUGCGGAAAACUUGCCCAAGCUCUUUCUUCACUUCAGAAAUCUUUCCCUCACUCCCAACAACUAUUUAACCGACUGGCUCACCACCGUCUUCGCUUCUGUACUACCGCUGGAACUGUCAUCCAGAUUAUGGGACUUAUUCGUCCUUCAAGGUGACAUUGUUUUAUUCAAAGCUGGUCUCGUGGUACUGAAAUAUCUCGAGCCUCUGUUAUGGGGCGGAAGCUAUGGUGAAACUGUCAGAACUCUCAACAUGGGAUUCGUUGGAGAAGAACGAGGAGAAGAACUAAAUGCUGUCAUGGCGGUCAGUGGAAAUAUUACACAAGGAGAACAAGAUCGAUUUUUUGCUGAAAUCAUGGGUAUUGGAGGUAUAAGGGUGGACGAAGCGAAGUUCGCUGAAUUAGUACGCGUCCACCUUUCGUAACCAUACAGCAUAGAAAGCCGUGACGAAGAUACCAAGCAGUAUACAGAUAAUAAUGGCUGUAAUUGGACAACAUGUAUAAAGUAGCGUUAGCGUGUACAAACAAAAAGAAAUUACGUUAUACCGAAAUGAUGAUUAAUUUAGCGGAGGCCGCAGGUCGAAUGUUACAAAUUCAUUAUACGAGUUGAGGGUCUUGGGAUUGUCCCCAACUACCCACCUUGUUUUUCUCAGAAGAUACUAAUAUUAAAAAUGAGCAUGAUGAAAUUGAU